AUGGUUGCCAUUUCAAGUGACUGUGGCGAGGAGUGCAAUGGGGGGGAUGUGAGGAACUUGGACGGAUCGACUCCGGGCCCUUACCCCGAAGAUGCGGAAGAAACCGGCCACCAGGACAUCAAUGGGUCUGGCAAAGGCAAGAGGAAAGGCGGAGACAAAGGAGGAGGCAAAGGGGGCAAAGACAAGGGAGGCGGUGGAAAGGGCAAAGGCGGCGGAGGUGGCAAAGGCAAAGGCGGCAAAGACAAGGGCGGAGGCGGAAAGGGGAAGAAAGGAGGUGGCGGAGGUGGCAAGGGCAAAGACUGCGGGGAGCUUACUGAGCAGCACGAUGCCGGGGAGCCAGUCGGAAUGUGCCCGGAUUGCCAUGAGGCCGGCGAGUUGCUGUUGCUUUUGCACAAGACUGGCAGCGUGGGCAACUUGUUGGGCCAAAGGCCUCCGCAGCAUUCCCGCGACUUCAAGCGGGACAACGUAAAGAUGGUGCGCACCAUGAGCCGCGACGUGCUCACGCGGCGCCGGGAGUCAGAGAAGUCUGCAGACCCUGACUUCAAGCUCCGGCAGUUUGCGAACGUCGCCUCCAGAUUGCAUCAAGCUCCUCAGAGGCUCCAGGCCACAGCGUCGACGCCUGCGAAGCAGAGGUCUCUCAGCAUCGGCUUCAGCCCUGCCAAGACCAGCCCGGGCCAGAGCCCUUGGGCCCGGGGACCACUGCGCAGCUGCAACCAGCCGGUGACCAAGCCCCGACUUGAUCGAGCUGAAGCAGGCAAGCGCGAGAGCCUCAAGGGCAAAGAGAACCGGCCUGGAGCGAGGCUGCUCUUCUCACCGCCUCCGCGAACGGAGGCGAGCAGCGAGCAACUCAGCGUCUCGAGGUGUGAAGAUGGCGACAGCGACUGCAGCGCACCAGGCUGGUGGCCUGCGUCUGACCGACUCGCCUCUGAGUUCUUCCAAAGCGGGCGCCUGCGGUGA